CUUUCUCAUUUGAAGUACUGCUGUCAUUAAACAAAUGGGAAGACCGCAAUAAACACUAAAACGAGCAUGUCAAAUGUGGGUUUUUGAAGUAGUGAAUUAAGAAAAAUAAGUUUUCAACUAGAUGUUUUCAACUAGAUGACACGGGCAUUUAACAAAAGAAGAUAACCUGCAAGCACGGAUGUUUUGAAAGCAAGAGUUUUAUUUCCCAAGAGGUAUCCUGGAGUACAAAUGCUGUACAUUUUCGCAUCCCGAGGAAACGUUGCAUUUCCUUCGUUAUAAAUUCAAUAGUCUGAAGUACUCUAUGCUUUAAAGGAAACCGAAAUAAAAUCAGAAAAUCCGGGGACUGAUAGCUCUAAUCAUGUAACAUUUAAACCCAGUGAGCAGUUUUAUCAUUAAAAUCAACCAAGAACGCAAACUGUACAAAGAUAUUUAAACCGAAGCUGACUAACUUUUGUUGGGUUUCGCUCAGCUAAUUGACAGCCAGUUAUUUUAAAUGCCAGAGUCAUUUCAAAUAGCCUACAUCCAGACAGUCAUGAUGGAAAACUUCUGUAAGAUAUGAACGAGUGAAGCCACCCUUACAGGACGGACUGCAGUGGCUCUUCAGGGGAAUCAAGAAAAGAGGUGCCGAUCAAGAGGUAAAUGUUACAAGAAGAGCACAUGCCAUCGGUCAGUUAAUCGAAGAGUUUUGGAGGACCUCUCUUUCGUACAGCUGAUAGAGGAAUACACUCUGUUUAACCUGUACAGUAAAACCGGCGCUGCUACUUCGUUUGAAGAGAGGGGAAGUGAAGACUGCAAAAGAUAAGACUACAGUUAAAUAUUUAUCUGUAUUUCUGGAUUUCUCGCCUUCAGAACUAAAAUCUCGCCAUCCAUUUGCCUGUUUUUAUUAUUUAGGUUCUAGUUGGGAUAUAUGUUUUAAUUACAGUUUACCUGGUAGGUAUUAACCCAAGCUGAUCGCGUUUUGAAUAAUUUCUGGGCCGAGGCUAAAGCCCGCAAUCUUGUAUAGAGAAAGGGUCACCCAUCCAAUUCGUACUCCUUUAAAACCAUGAGCCAGGCGGACGUAUCGACUUGCUCCGCGCCGCAGAGAGUCUUCCAAGAGGCGGUGAAGAAGGGCAACACAAAAGAGCUGCACUCGCUCCUGCAGAACAUGACAAACUGCGAAUUCAACGUCAACUCUUUCGGCCCGGAGGGACAGACCGCGCUCCAUCAGUCGGUUAUUGACGGGAAUCUUGAACUGGUCAAACUGUUGGUGAAGUUCGGGGCCGAUAUCCGUUUAGCCAACAGGGACGGCUGGAGUGCCUUACACAUCGCCGCGUUUGGAGGACAUCAAGACAUAGUGUUGUACCUCAUCACCAAGGCGAAAUACUCAUCGGGCGCACGGUGAUCCUCCUGUGCUGUCAGGUAAACGCCGAGAACCGAACCUGCAGACCAGCCUUUCAGUUUACUCACUUGUGCCAAAGUUAAAAAAGCACAUUUUUCCAUUUUUUUUUCUUUGCAAAGGGGCUGGGAAUGUUUGGUCAGAGCGAUCUUGCCACAAGCCAUUUUCCUGUAUUAAAUCUGAAACAACACUGUCGUUCCGUCGGUACUUUAUAAAGCAUUUUCCCUGUUGGGGGUGAAUUAUUCAUACUUUGGAAGUGCUCGCUUAGACGCUGAUGUGCAGAAACCCCAAAAGCCCACGUCCUCGCUGCCAAGCCACUUUUAAGACUGCGCCAUCUGGCUUGAUGUUCAGUUAAAAAAAAGUUAUUCUCAUUUACAGUCUGCUUUCUGUCAAUUACACCGCUUUUUAUUUCAAUGACAAAUGUUACAUACUCAGCCAGUAUCUCAAUGGGAAGAGUUGAACAAGAGAAUCAGGUCCACCUAUUUCGUUGGAUUACUCAUUAUUCUAUACGCAGUCACAGUAAUCGUCUGUUUUGUGUCAUUUCUUUUCGUCCCGUAGAAAACUAAGAACACUACCUAAAUUAAACUCAUUUGUUUUCAAGUAGUUAGGCGGUACCGAAGGAUCCGCAUAACUACCCAGUUUGUAGCUAAUAGGGGAAUAGAUCAUUUUAAAUGUUUCCCCAUGCUUUUUAAACAAUAGGCCUACGUGUAUUAUACACGGUGUAUACGUGCAGUCGGUGUCUUUCUAAGUUUCCAUGGAUGGUUUCCAAUGGGUUCUCUGAUGCUUAAAGCCGCUUGUUAUCCCGUAAAUGUUGUCCCGUGAGGAGACGCCAUUAAGCAUUCGGAGCAUGCAUCUGUGUUUGGAUCCCUUUGCCAGCUACCUCGACUGUGCAGUAUCCAGUUGUCCAACUGCAUAUCCUUCACAGUCUUUACAACACAUCAGCUUUGAUGACACUUCAGGAUAAGCUUGGGUUGCACGACAUUUCAAUGUAUUAUUACUCACCUUGAGCAAGAGUGUAUUUCGUCAUACCAGUUGAUAUAUGGACAUCACUAUCAGUUUCACCAAGAGCGUUUUAUUUAGCUUCUAUUCGAUGUUUUUCUUUUCCACAGUAGAAAACCAAACUCUUGUGUGUGUGGAUAAGAAAUUGUUUCCAUUUUUUUUCUGUACGAAGGCAUGCUGAUGGAAUGAAAAUGUUGGUUUUCUGAAACCCAGGGCAAUUCCAGGUCACCGUAACAUCUAAUGCUGAUUCCAGAGAGAAACAUUGUCUAUAUUUUAUGCCUUAAGAAGGGAGGAGUGCUUGCACAAGAAUAUUAAAAUGGCCCCAGUGGCUGUUAAACUACAGGAGCGAAAGUAAAGGAACAGUUACUACUGAGCAGGACUUCUUAUUGUAACUAUUACAUUAUUAUUGUUAUUUCGCGGGAUUACAGGAUAAUUUACAUUACUCAUGCAAAUCUGCUGCGUUUUUUAAAUCACGAAAUGCCUAAUGAUGUGUAUUUCUAUGCUGCUCGUUCAGAACUUUUUUUUUUUUUUUUUGCGUUUGUUGUCAUGUUUUUAUGUUUGGAUUGAAAAGCUAACAGACCCCAGACGUGAACAAGGGGUCAGGUGGUCGUUGGACGAAAAGAUCUAUCGGGAGGCCGAGGGCCGUAGCGUAGUUCUGAUCUGAUUGGCUAGCCGGCAAUAGGGAGGCCACGCCAACGCCGAUGGCCAGCGCAGACCCAAGCAAAAACACAAGUGAUGGAAUAUUGUCGGAAAGUAGAUUGGAGAUAAAUAAUAAAAAUUUAUAUAUAUAUGCAUUGCUUGUGGUAAACUUGAUCAUUUUAUUUUUUUAAUAUUGCACUGUUGACUGUGAUGUUAGUUGUUGGUGUCACACCAACAUUUUAUUUUUUUUCUGAAUAGAAAAAAGGAACACAAAUACUAUUGUAUAAAAAUUCCAGGAUCAAUUGUUUUUGUUAAUGUGCUACUUCGUAAAACGUAAUGUUUGCGAAGACGUUCGUGUAUCUUUAAUCAGCUGUUAUACAUUAUAUAUGACGUCAUAUAAAUAUAAUGGUUGAACAAUUAAUGAGCACUUUUUGUGAAGUGCUGUCCCCCGUUGUUAUUAAAGGGAGACUAUAUAUCUGAUGGUAAGAUCAUUGUAACGAAGAGUUGCAUGAUGCACAACUGUUUUACUUGACUGUGUCAUAACAUUUAUGACAUAAGAGUAAAAUGAGUAGGUUUAAUUAAUUGAGAAGUGCUGAAGUGUCUUUUUUUCCUGAAACAAAAGAUUGCAAAUGAGACAUGCAGUGAUGGUCUUGUGUGCUAUGGAUGUUCUGAUAUGUCUGCUCGUUUGUUUGUUGUUUUAUUUGUAUUGUUAAAAAUGUAACACUGUGAUGAUAUGUGGAGCGAUACCAUGUGCUGUAAUUUUGUACGUUUGUAUACAAGUCAGUAAAAAGAAAAAAAAAAUCAAA